GUCUCCCCAGCUCGCUGGCGGGGAGUGAGGCAGCUCCGCGCUCACCCACCCUUCCCCGCACAUUUCCGAAACCGUCUCGAGACUCAGCCCCAGGAGCCUGCGUUCAAGUCGCGGGUGCUGCGCGGCGCUGCCCGUGUCGCCUGGCUCCGUUAGACUCUCCAACUUUGCACAACGUGCGGCCGCCGCUGCCUGCCUGCCGGGUGCGGGGCUCCGAGCCUCCCGCUCCCCGCUUGCCUUCGGGGUCCUGGGUCCCCCCGGAACGACGGUCACACGCGUCGUUUCUCAGCGUUUGAUCGCAGCCCGGCUGCCCGGGAGAUGUGGUCUUUGGCCCCCGGAGGCCGAUCAGGGAGGGGGAGUCUGUGAUUUCUUUUGCUUUUAGAGAGAGUGAAGACUUGCGGACUGCAAUUCUCGGGGAUGAGCAGGAUCGUCGUCCGGAAAGUGGGCGGCCUGCUCCUGGCUUUUCCUGCUGGGGUUGCAAAGAAAUUAUGAAGACGAAAUUGAGCAUCUACAAAAUGCAGUUACUACUUUUGAUUUUCUUGGUGUGGAAUCCAGCCAGGUUGGUGCUGGCUAACAUCCAAGAAGAUGAGGCUAAAAAUAACAUUACCAUCUUUACAAGAAUUCUAGACAGACUUCUGGAUGGUUACGAUAAUCGGCUUAGACCAGGACUGGGAGGUAAAAAAGACAGCAUUACCGAAGUCUUCACCAAUAUCUAUGUGACCAGCUUUGGCCCUGUCUCCGACACAGACAUGGAAUAUACAAUAGAUGUUUUCUUUCGGCAAAAAUGGAAAGAUGAGCGGUUGAAAUUUAAAGGCCCAAUGAACAUCCUUCGACUUAAUAACUUAAUGGCAAGCAAAAUCUGGACUCCUGAUACGUUCUUUCAUAAUGGGAAAAAAUCAGUAGCUCAUAAUAUGACAAUGCCAAAUAAGCUUCUUAGAAUUCAGGAUGAUGGAACUCUGCUGUACACAAUGAGGCUUACAGUUCAAGCUGAAUGUCCAAUGCACUUGGAGGAUUUUCCAAUGGAUGCGCAUUCAUGUCCUCUGAAAUUUGGAAGCUAUGCAUAUACAACUUCAGAGGUCACCUACAUUUGGACUUACAAUGCAUCAGAUUCAGUACAAGUGGCUCCUGAUGGCUCUCGCCUCAAUCAAUAUGAUCUGUUGGGCCAGUCAAUUGGGAAGGAAACGAUAAAAUCCAGUACAGGUGAAUAUACUGUAAUGACAGCUCAUUUCCACUUGAAAAGGAAAAUUGGAUAUUUUGUGAUUCAGACAUAUCUGCCUUGCAUCAUGACUGUCAUUCUCUCCCAAGUGUCAUUCUGGCUUAACCGAGAAUCUGUGCCGGCAAGGACUGUGUUUGGAGUAACAACUGUUUUAACAAUGACGACUCUGAGCAUCAGUGCUCGGAAUUCUCUUCCUAAAGUGGCUUACGCAACUGCCAUGGACUGGUUUAUUGCUGUUUGUUACGCCUUUGUGUUUUCUGCACUCAUUGAAUUUGCAACUGUCAAUUACUUCACCAAGAGAGGCUGGGCUUGGGAUGGGAAAAGCGUAGUAAAUGACAAGAAAAAAGAAAAGACUACUGUGGUGAUACAGAACAAUGCGUAUGCAGUGGCUGUGGCAAAUUAUGCUCCAAAUCUUUCUAAAGACCCAGUUCUCUCCACCAUCUCCAAGAGUGCAACCACUCCAGAACCCAACAAGAAGCCAGAGAACAAACCAGCUGAGGCCAAGAAAACUUUCAACAGUGUUAGCAAAAUUGACAGAAUGUCUAGAAUAGUUUUUCCAGUUUUGUUUGGUACCUUUAAUUUAGUUUACUGGGCUACAUAUUUGAACAGGGAACCUGUAUUGGGGGUCAGUCCUUGAAUGGAAACUUGGGCAGUUUGGGGAUAUAUAGCACCAUUGAACUUGGUUUGUUUUGCUACAUAAGGGUCUGACUAAUAACUGCUAAUCUGAGAACCAACGUGUACAGUAUGUAUAUAGUGAUAUAGCUUACCUUAGACGUCUCAAGGAGAUAGACCUUUGCUAAGUCCUGACACCAUAGGCAGGAAGUGCCCUUGCUAAGAGAGCCAUUGCCUCUUUUUAAAAAAAGAAAAAAAAAAGCUUUGCCCUAGGGAAUAGUUGAAAGCGACUUUCAGGUAAUCUGAUUGAUUUCCUCUCUUUUAACAGUGAUGAAAAUGGGGACCCUAUGCUUCACUUUAGGGGCCCUUUGCAUUUGUUUCUCAAAUAGGAGUAUUUUUUUUUACUAUCGCCUAACUAUAAAGUAAGAUAACAUUAUCAUCCCAAAAUGAAUUCUUUUACAUAACAGAACGUCAUAUCUGCAACAUCAGUUUCCUUCCUGAGUGCUCCAAAUCCCUGCUAAUAUAAUUGGAAGCUUGGCACACAUCAAAAAUAUAAUAAUUUUGAAAUCAGCUUUUAAUUAUUCUGUGUAGUAUUGAUAGCCAUGUACAUAUUACAGCAUGAUCAGCUCAAAUAAUUAUGAGUCAACACUGACAGAAAGUUAACUAUGCCUAGAAUUUAAUCAACAUUGGAAUGCCAUAGUCAUUACACUUUUAAUAUAAGGAUUUAUUUGAAAAAGUAAUCACCAAAAUCAAAUUAAUUAUUUUAGUUAUUGGAAACUACCUUAAAUUGAAAAUUAAAUGGCAACUGUGUCUUAAAUAUUUCUAGGUAUGUAUUGUAUUGAAAUUGAUCAGUUAAAUUUUUUGGUGCUGGAGAUGAGAAAGCAUCCAGCAUGGCUUCAAUGGAAUAGUGUUCAUAUUGGAUUAGGAAAUUGUGCCAAAAACUCCCACUGAUGAGAAUUCAUAGGUGUCACAACAUAUUGACUCAGCACUUAUACAAUUCUCUUCUUUCCUGUUUACUCAAAAUUCUGCCUUAAGGCUUCUUCUCAUCAGGAUUUAGAAGCCACUAAUUAUAAAGGAAAGGGUAGUAAAUUGGCACAUUUUUCUUUCUUCAAAGCUGGUCUCUCAGAUAAGAAUUAAUGUAAAUCUGCUUUUGUAAAUUGCAACUUUAAAUUUUGUUGACUCAAAUUUACAACAGCUUUGUAUACUAGGAGAGGUUUUGGUAAGAGCUGAACAUUUUUAAAUUGAAAUUUUAAAGUAUCACAGAUUAUGGAUUAGAUAACAGGCAGAAACAUGAACACACACAUACAUGCGAACACAUGAUUAGCUAAAUUAGAAAAGACACACAAAGGUAACUAAAUUAGAAACUAAAUUAGAAACCACAAUUUUCAAUUUUAUAAAAUUUCUAAUUGCAAAUGUGUAAAAUUCACACUACUUUUAAUAUAAAAGAUAUUCUUUAUGCCCCUGAAAUAUAUUAACAAAUUUAACAAUUGUGUCUCAUCCCUGGUUCAGUGUUUUCGGCAAAUAAACCAAAAUCCUUUUGACUCACAUAUACAUUAGCAGUUAUCAGUUGACUUUUACUACUAGAUACACCCUAAUGUUGGUGAUUUUGUAGAAAAAAGUAGUCAAAUAGUGACAUUUCUUGAAGUUUUGUACAGUAUUUCAGUAUAGUGCAUAAAUAGGUAUGUUCAUAAAAACAAUAAAAGGAAUAUAUUAUGAAAAUAAGCAAAAUUACAACGAAAUUUCUAUUCCUUUGCCUCAUUUGAUUUUUUUAAUUUUGUCUUUGUGUAAUUCUGUAUGUGUAUUGCAUGAUUAUAUUAACACCAGGGUCACAAACUGCAUCUUAUUAAAGGAAUUUUCAGUGAAGAUGGUCUUGACAUUAAAAAUUUCCGCACAAACAGUAAACCACAUUCCAUAACAAAAUAAAUUCCCUUAUGAUAACUUUUAUGUAAUCCAUAGUUUUAAAUAUUCAAUUUAUCGAUGCAUUGAAAAAAGAAAGUAUUCCAUUUUUACACGUUAAAAUAAGCAUAGCUCUUCUGUGUAGUUUAAGAAAAUAUGCAGUAGUGUAAAGGAAGUAUAAAGUGCCUGAGGGCAAGCAAUAAAAGCACUCUGAAUGGUAUGCAUUAUUAGAUACUGAAAAUUAUUUUGAUUUGAGUUCUUUAUUGGUCCCUAAUAGCUUGUUCUUAUCACAAAUUUACAAACAUUUAUAUGUAAAAAAUAAUCUAAAAUAGCACUUGUGUUGAAUAAAAGAUAAGACUCAUCUCUACCUUGGGUAAAGGGUUGUAUCUACAUUGAAAGCAUUAGCUUUACUAACUUGGAUAAUAGAUUGACCAAAAGUAUUAUUGAAUUUUUAUUUUUAUUUUCAUUUAUUAAAAUGUUUUUUGUUUAAUGACACCCUUGCAGCAAUAUUUUCUGAUAACAUGCAGUACGUUUCAGUAUUAUGACCCUCUAAGCUCAUUGUACUUUUUCUAAUGCAACUUCUAAUCUUUUAGAGGUUAGAUAAAUUACAGGGUGCUUUUGAUCUUGUCAAGAAAAGAAGGAUGUGCAAUGAAAAAGCAUUUUAAAUUACAGAAGCUUGGCUUUUAAAAAAUAAAUUUCCUACCAUAAAUCAUUAUAAAGACCCACAGUAAAGCAGAUAGGGCGUUUGCCUUGCACGCGGCUGACCCGAGUUCAAUUCCCAGCAUCCCAUAUGGUCCAAGAGUAAUUCCUGAAUGUGUGAACCAGGAAUAACCCCUGUGCAUCGCGAGGUGUGACCCAAAAAGAAAAAAAAAAGAUGGAUUUAUCACUGAUUUUUUUUUCAGGAAACAUUUAUAUAUAGGACAGAAGUGUCGUUAGCCAGUUUUUUAAUGAGUGAAACAUUGACAAAGGGUUGUGAUCUAUACAAAGUGUCAAUAGAUACACCCAUAGAGCAAAUAUUAGAAUGUCAUUCCUGUAUAAUUAUUUCUAUGACUCAGUUAAUAUUUAUUCAAUAUUAUUUCACUCUAUAAUUUGUACACUCAUGGGAUAAUUCCAUUUAUACACAUUCAGAGAAUUUAGUUGAAUUUCUGAAUGAAUAAAGUAUAUUCAGUUUUAUUAAGAGUUUAAUUUUGUUUAAGGUUCACACAUACUCAUCUAGCACUAAGAACUAUUCAUAAGUGUAUAAGAAUAUAUGCUUAUAAUUAUAUGGUGCAUGAGUGUUGGCUCAUCUGUUGAAACCAUGCUCCUGUUUUGUUCAGUCUAUUCCUACAUUCUCCCCUAUUAUGUUUCUAAAGUAGAUAUAAUUAAUUUUUUUAAACACAGAGAAACUAUUAUUCAAUUCAUCUUCUUCUUUGGAGUGUAUAUCUCAUAUGUUAGUAUGGACUUGAUAAUUCUUGGUUGAGCAAGAUGAACUCUGUCCUAAUGUUAUCAUAGAUUAUGAGGGCCACCAAAGUACCAAAACGGUAGAAUCAAUGGAUACUACAGUAUAACCUGUCACCAAUCCAAUGGGAUGGCAAGGGGGGAGAAACCUAUCACCACCUGAAAAGUCAUGAUUCAUUUUGUAUGAGAAAGUUUUGUUUCGAAUUUUCUAUAUUUAAUGUCCUAAGAUAAUUCCCAUGAAAUUCCAGAAUAUUUAUUACUGAAUUUAAAAUCUGGCAUUAUAUUAAUAGGUUAAUUGAAUAUGUUGAUCCUAUUAUGUCUGUGUGUGGUUCUAUUUAAACAACUAUAUGCUUGAGCACCAAGAAUGCUAUUAAAAAACACAUAUUACAGUAGAAACCAAAUUAUAUUGUUUUAAUCCAUCAAAUUCAUGUUUUGAAAGUGAAAAAGCUAAUAUGAUUAUUUGAUAUAAUUUUGUGAGAUCAACAUUUAUAUAAUAUACGCUGACAUUUUCCAUUGCAUUUAACCACACAUCUUCAGACAUUAUAAGAUAAAUUUAGAACCUCCAAAACAAUGAAAUACCGCAAUUGGAAAAUAUCUUAAAGACAUAAGUACGUAACCAGUAGACUGACACGUUGAUUCAUUGUCUUCUGAGGAAAAGGAGAAAUUAUACGUACAUAUUGCAGAAAUACUUAGCAGUCACAAUUCUAUCAAGAUAUGCAUAUAGAUUAAAAUGCUUAAAUAGGAUAAAGUUCUUACAAAAGUAUUUGAUGAGGAUUCACUGUAUCACUGUCAUUCCGUUGUUCAUUGAUUUACUCCAGUGGGCGCCAUUUGUGACUUCUCCAUUUGUCCCAGCCCUGCGAUUUUAGCAGCCUCUUCUUACUCGUCUUUCCCAAGAACCGGAGUCUUCUUUCAGGAUCAAGGGAAUGAGAUCUGUUAUUGUUACUCUUUUUGCAUAUUGACUAUGCCACAGGGAGCUUGCCAGGCUCUGCCUUGCAAGAGGGAUAGGUAGCUUGCCAGGUUCUCUGAGAGGCAUAUAUAUUUAUUUCUCUCUAUGAUGAUGUGCUGGGGAAGGUUAUCAUCAGAAACUUUUUAAGAAGUUUAUUUAAUAAUCUUUAAACAUUCAAAUUAUUGACCUCUGGUUUUGAAUUUUACAUCAUUGAAAUGCUAUGGUUUGUCCAUUUAAUUAAAAAAUAUCUUCUGGGAUAAAAUCUAGAACCUCAUACAUGCAAUGCAUAGACACUACCAUUGAACUAUAUUCUUGACCUCUUUUUUUUUCUUUACAUAAUCAUAUAUUCCACUUCAAACCACCUUCUGUAUGUUCUAUCCAAUAGGACUGGAGCGUUUGCACAAUGGGUAGGGCGUUUACCUUGCACGUGGCAGACCUGGGUUCAAUUCCUUCAUUCCUCUCGGAGAGCCUGGCAAGCUACCGAGAGUAUCCCGCCUGCAGGGAAGAACCUGGCAUGCUACCCAUGGCGUAUUCAAUAUGCCAAAAACAGUUAAAAACAAGUCUCACAAUGGAAACAUUACUGAUGCCUGCUCGAGCAAAUCAAUGAACAAUGGGACGGCAGUGCGACAGUGCAAAAGAAAAAAAUAACUCAGGUUUGUUUUUGUUUUUUUUUUUCUAUUUGCAGUGGGGGGAGUCUAGGGGCCACAACUGGCAGUACUCAAAGAUUACUCCUGGAUCUUUGCUCACGGAUUAUUCCUAACAUGGCUCCAGGGGCCAUAUGGAAUAGUAAGGAUCAAACCAGAGUCAGCAGCGUGCAUGGCAAAUGUCUCACUGCUGUACUUACUCUCUGACCCCUCGGGUUUAUAUGAUGAGAAUUGUGCUAUGUUUGUAUGCGUGUGUAUUUGUUUUUUGUUUUCCAGGAAUAAACAUUUUGAGAAGUUCAAAUAAACUUAUGAAACUAAACAAUUUUAUUAAUGGAUUCAAUCACAAAUGCAACUCUUAUUACACUAACAAUUGACUAAGUCAAGUGAAUAACUUUUCAGUAAGUCACUUAUUACUUGGUAUUUAGUCUAGAUCCAUAUAUAUGGGUAGAUAACCCUUCAUAUAAAGAAAGUAAGCUUUUUUUUUUCUUUUUGGGUUAUACCCAGCAAUGCACAGGGGCACUCCUGGCUCAUGCAUUCAGGAAUUACUCCCUAGAAGUGCUCAGGGAACCUUAUGGCAUGCUGGGAAUCAAACCAGGCCUGCAAGGCAAAUGCCCUAUCUGCUGUGCUAUCACUACAGCCCCCAAAGUAAGCAUUUUUCUUAGAUCCUGUUGAUUAUUUUGAGCCAUUAUUAAAGACUACAUCAGAAUCCUUUUAAAUUUGAAUAGAAACUUUAUUUUUCAAUUCCAAUAUUCUCAUUGGAGGUUUUUUUCAAGUUUCCAUCAAUUUGGUUGAUGGACACCAAGUCACAUUAUUCAUUUAUAUUCAAAGGGUAGUUGUAGUUCUACACCUUUUUUUAAUUGAAAUAUUUUUUAAUAUUCUUGUAGAGAUUUCAUGACCUGAUAGUUAAUAAUCCAAGACUUUGAUUUUAUUACUUCAUUCUGACUUCUUUACAAACAUUAUUAUGUGAUGUCAAACUUCUAGUUUAUAAUUUUGAUAGGCUCCAUCAACACACUGGCCUAAAACCUAUUUUUGGCAAACUUAAAAAACCUUGAUUUUUUUUUUAAUCCAUAUUUAUAUGAUGCUUCUGGGAAGCAUAUCUAAUAAGAUAUCCACCACCCAUUUUUUUACACAACAAUUUUUUUUAAUCACUAAACUUUUUAGCAAUCAAGAAUCCAUUUUUGUGGAACUAUUCAGAAGCAUCAGUUAUUGAAUAAAUCUUGAAUCUCCAUCUUCAAUUAAUACUUAAUGAACCUUCUUUUUUAAUUUAUAGUUAAUAACAAUUGCUUAUGACAUAGAUAAUUAUAUAAAAUGCUAAUAACUGAUUAAACACAAAAGAAAUAAGUACUUCUCUUUCAUUUUUUGCCAGUUGCAUAUUAGAAAAAUGCAUUUUUUACUGUAUCUUUUAAUUUCACGACACUGAAACACUGGACUUCAAGAAUUUUACCCUGAUAUUAUCACUUUGUUGAAAAUAACUACAUAAAGAAGUCUAAACUGCCCACAAAUAAAUGUUAAUUUGGGGGAUUGCAAGUGUUGAAUUAGAUUAGUUGGUGUGAAAAUUUCACUUUGUUACACUGUUUUAGAUGUCUUUUCUUAUUAUAACAUGCUGUCAAGUGCAAUGCUAUAUUAUUGGAUAAAUAUAGUAUGGUAAUUCCAACAGUUUUUUUUUGUGAAAUAAAUUGAAAUAGAAAUCAAAACAAAGUCACACCAAUUUUUUUACGGAUGGCUUAUAGAUUUGUUUUUCAUUUUUAAAAAUAAAUAGUACAGUAGUUGUAGCAAUGGAUUAUUUUAAAUACAACAUAAUAUGUAUAGAGUUAUAUUAUGUGAUUCUUUAUAUAUUAUAUAAUAUAUUAAUAUACUAUAUUAUACUAAUAUAUAAUAUAUAAUAAUAGAUUAAUAAAACCUAACUUAAUUCACAGUUUCAUCAAUUAAACUUUACCAUACAUGAAUAACUAUUUGACUCCUUGUUGAUCUUGUCUGCCUGUAUCAUGAUUAAUUUCAAGGUAGUUACACUAUUUGUUUCCAAGAACCAUUUACAUAGCUUAGCUAAAAAUACAGGUUUUAGUGUGUGCCAGAUUGAGGAUGUGAACUUUAACAAAAUAGUUAUUUUAUAGGGGAUAAUAAUGACAGUCUGGGGCUGGAGCGAUAGUAUAGUGGGUAGGAGUUUGCCAUGCACUCGGCCUAUCCAUAUUCCAUCCCGGCAUCCCAUAUGGUUCCCCAGAGCACUGCCAGAGGUAAUUCCUGAGUGCGGAGCCAGGAGUAACCUUGAGAAUCACUAGAUGAAUCCAAACAUAAAAAGCAAAACAAAGAAUGACAGUCUUUGAAAGCUUCAUACUUUAUAACUAAGUUUGGAAGAGGUAAAAAGAAGAGUGAAAUGUUGUCCCUUUACUCAAACUAACAAUAAAAUGAUGUGCACCAGAAAGCUUAUGCACUAAACUUCAAUUACUCUUGUAAGGUAAAAAUGGAAAUGUUUUGAUUGACAGUAUACUUAUAUGAUAGGUAGUCUGGUAUGAGAAAACCAUUUAGAAAUUAAUGUUUGUAAUUUGUGACCUUGUUGUAACUGGAAAAAUUUUUUUGUAUGUAAGAUAAUUUGACAUUUAUUGAGUAUGUCAUUAUUGAGUAUGUCAUUAUGCUUGCUGUUUAAAAAAUUCUUAAUCAUAUGUAAAUUAAACUAAGCAUUAUCUUUUUGUACUUAUUAAAAUUAAUUUAAAUAUA